AUGGACCCGGGAACGAUGUCGUCAAAGAUGCAGAGCCACCAUCGUCCAACGGAACAACUCCCACACUCACCAAAGACGUGCGCGACUUCAAGGCACUCCAUGCCACCAGCAGAGCGCCCUAUCCUGAGAAAGAUCUUGCCGAGUACUAUGGUUUGA